AUGGCGGGCUUAUCGACAGCCUCGAAUGGCACUGAUAACAAACCCAACACCUGGAAGGGUGCUGGGGCGGCGGAAUUCGAUUUGAGGAGCGACACAAUGACCAAACCGACUAUGGCGAUGCUCGAAGCAAUCUCUCAAUCUUCGCUCCUAGACGAUGUCUUCGGUGAGGACCCGGUGACAAAUGACCUCCAAGCCUAUGUCGCCCAACGCACCAACCAUGAGGAUUCCUUGCUCGUCAUGUCCGGAACAAUGGGCAACCAGGUUGCCAUUCGAACUCAUCUAGUACAGCCACCUUAUUCCGUGCUGUGCGAUCGCCGCUCUCAUAUUAUUUGCUACGAGGCUGGAGGAGUCAGCUCUUUGACCGGUGCAACGGUCCAAACCAUCGACCCCAAGAAUGGCAGCUAUCUCACCUUGGAGGAUAUCCAGAAAUAUGCGGUGCUUGACGAUGAUAUCCAUCAUUGUCCGACGAAGCUGAUUAGUUUGGAAAACACCUUGGAUGGCGGGGUCCUGCCGCUCGCCGAGGCCCGAAAGAUUACAGAGUGGGCACAUGCGAACGGGAUUAAGGUGCACUUGGAUGGUGCAAGGCUCUGGGAAGCGGUGGUGUCUGGGGCCGGUAGCUUACCCGAGUACGCUGGUUUAUUUGACAGCGUGAGCUUGUGCUUCUCCAAGGGUCUCGGUGCGCCUAUUGGUAGCAUUAUUGUUGGAUCCAGUGAGUUUAUCAAGAAAGCUAGGUGGUUUCGCAAAGCCAUUGGUGGUGGUGUCCGACAAGCAGGGGUGAUCGCUGCAGCUGCCCGAGUAGCCGUCGACGAGACGUUCGGACCAGACCCUCAUGGUCAGGGAGGAAAGCUUCGGGAAACUCAUGCUAAAGCUAAGAAGGUUGCUGAGAUGUGGCAAAACCUCGGGGGCAAGCUGUCUCAGCCAGUAGAGACUAACAUGGUGUGGCUGAACCUUGAAGCGGCCGGCUUAGGGCCCAAUGACCUUGCUGAAAUAGGAAAGGAAAGGAAUCUGAAACUGUUGGGCAAUCGGAUUGUAAUUCACUACCAGGUAUCGGAGGAAGCGAUUGCGCGUCUGGGUGAGGUGUUUGGGUUGGCUAUGAGCGGGAACUAUCAACGUAGCACAGAUCAAAGCAAACCCUACGGUAGCAGGUAG